ACAACUCAAACGAGUCAAAAGGUGCUUCGUCUCUGCCGAGCGUUGUUCACGAGGUCGAGGGCGUUUAUUUUGAUAUCACUGUGUGCACCAUCAAUUCUCUUAAUAUCUGAAGCUACUCUAGCAGAUCACGAUGCCAACGCCAAGCCGGAUCAACACUUUCAAAAACAAAGGGAAGGACCAAGAGGAAAUGCGUCGACGGCGCACAGAAGUCAGCAUAGAGCUUCGCAAGCAGAGGAAGGAUGACCAGAUCCUCAAGAGGCGCAACGUGAGCAUUUCCGAGGACCCGGUCAGCCCCCUGCAAGAACAGAACAAGCAACAGGCUGCCCAGAUGCCCCUGGAGGACAUGAUCUCUGGUCUGGUCAGUACAGAUCCGGCCGUGCAGCUGGAGGCGACCCAGGCGGUGCGCAAGGUCCUCUCGCGGGAGCGACACCCGCCCAUCGACGCCAUGAUAGAAGCUGGUGUGGUCCCCGUCCUGGUGCAGUUCCUGUCUCGGGACGACUGUCCCUCUCUCCAGUUUGAAGCUGCCUGGGCCCUGACCAACAUCUCGUCGGGGACGGCGGAGCAGACUGAUGCGGUAGUGCGGGUGGGAGCAGUCCCCCUCUUCAUCCGCCUGCUGAGCUCUCCACACCCAACGGUCUGCGAGCAGGCAGUCUGGGCACUGGGCAACAUUGCUGGCGAUGGUCCUGCCCUCCGUGACAUGGUGAUCGGCCUGGGAAUCGUCAAGCCUCUGCUCAACCUCAUCAAGCCAGAUACGCCGGCCCCCUUCCUGCGAAACGUGACGUGGACAGUGUCCAACCUCUGCCGCAACAAGAACCCCCCUCCUCCUUUUGAGGCUGUCCGCGAGUGCCUGCCCACCCUGGCACAGCUCAUUUACCACACAGAUAAAGAGGUAGUGGCAGACGCGUGCUGGGCCCUGUCGUACCUGACGGACGGCUCCAACGAGAAGAUCGAGGCCGUAGUGGGUGCCGGGGUGGUUCCUCGCUUGGCGGAGCUCCUGGACCAGAAUUCCGUUUCGGUCCUGACUCCCGCGCUGCGCGCUGUGGGCAACAUUGUCACCGGAAGCGACGCGCAGACGCAGACCGUCAUCGACGCAGGGGCACUCCCCUGUUUCCGCAAGCUCCUGCGGCAUACGAAGGCCAAUGUGCAGAAGGAAGCUGCUUGGGCCAUCUCAAACAUCACAGCAGGCAACGAGUCUCAGAUCCAGGCGGUGAUUGACAGCGGCCUCGUGGAGCCCAUCAUCGAGGUGCUGGCCUCCGGCGACUACAAGGGCCAGAAGGAGGCUGUGUGGGCCGUGACCAACCUGACCUCGGGGGGCACCCUGGAGCAGAUAGUGUACCUUGUGCAGGCUGGGGUACUGGGCCCUGUGUGCCAGAUGCUCUCUAUCCCAGAGGCCAAGACCCUCCUGGUGGCCCUGGAUGCCAUCCGCAACAUUCUUGCAGCGGGUGACAAGCUGGGUCAGCGGGACAAGAUCUGCCUCAUGGUGGAAGAGGCAGGGGGUCUGGACAAAGUGGAGGCCCUCCAGAGGCACGAAAACGUGGAGGUGUACAACGUUGCCUUGGGUAUCAUCGAACAGUACUUUGGGGAUGACCUGGGUGACCAAGACUAUGCUGUUGCUCCAGAGGCACAAGGGGACUCUUACACCUUUUCUGCACCUGCUCCUGAACAAGGCUUUUCGUUUUAAACAAAAAGAACCAGAUUUAGUCUCCUUGUGGGUGCACAGACAGUGUACAAAAAAUAUACAUAUGUUGUAAAAUUUGUACAGGACUUUUUAAUUUGUAUAUUCACUCCGUUUUAUACCUUGUAAUAAAGCAGCUUCCGAGGUUUUUGUGA